UCAUCGUAUCCCUAUAAUCUUUCAUUUCAGUCCAUCUUCUCCUUUUAUGCAUAAAAAUCAUAGCCGAAACAUUGUUAAUCCUUUGUUUUUCCUCAUACACCAUUUUCACUUCCUACAACAACCAGCAGAGAAGAACUUUCAAUUCUCCAAAACCAAAGAAAAUGCAAUUGUUCGUCACUUCCAUGGUGCGAGGCCUUGUUUUCUUGGUUUCAAUAUGGUUCACAGCUGCACAACCUCUGAACCCUGGGGACUCGCCGUCCUUCAACACCGUCCCCGCAUACCCGACCCAAACCCGCUCCCAAAUCUGCCGCCUCGACCUCUCUAACGAGCUCUUCGGUGGCGUCAACCACGCCUGCGGCACCACCCUUGACCGCAGCCGCUGCUGUCCAGUCCUUGCCGCCUGGCUCUUCGCGGCCUUCGCUCGAACAGCCCUCGAAGUAUCCGCCGCCGCGCCACCUCCCUCCGGCGACCUCCCCAUGAUGCCCGACGACUCCCAGAAUUGCGUCAACUCGCUCCAAGACUCACUAAGAAAUCGGAGCAUCCGAAUCCCACAACCCAACGGCACCUGCGACGCCAUUCUCUGCUUCUGCGGCAUCAGACUCCACCAGAUAACCUCCCUCAGCUGCCCCAACGCGUUCAACAUCACCGCCGUUCGAAACGUCUCCGGCACCCACAACGCCACCCCCACCGCCGUUGUACGGAACCUGGAAAAGAAUUGCCGUAAUGCUUCUUACGCUGGCUGCACACAAUGCCUCAGCGCUCUACAAAAGGUGAAAGGGAGUAAGAAGGAGAGUGAGAGUGAAAGUGAGAGAGCUAAGAAGAUGUUCAACCGUGACUGCCAAUUGAUGGCGCUGACGUGGCUGCUAGGAAGAAACAAAACGGCGUACAUACCAACCGUUUCGGCGGUGUUGCGAGCUGUGAUGUACAGCGCACAUCCACACGAAUCAAAGUGUAGUCCGGACCAGGACAACAUGCCCUUGGCCGUUGAUUCCCUGCAAUUUGAGACGAACCGGGUUACAUCUAGGCCGUUGAGGAUAGUUUGGAUUAUGCUCCUGAUGGUUCUGGUUUUUUUGUGAUUGAAGGGUCCACUUCUUGAUUGCGAGAUGAGAGGGUCCUAUUAGACCUUUCUUUUGCCCGAUUUUGUUUGCAAUAUAUAUCUGGGUUUCACGUGAAGCUAUUAGACAAAAUUAUGCAACCAAUGUUUUGUCUUUUCUCACUGUAAAUUUUGAACUCCGACUCUAUUAUUAUUAUUAUUUUUUGUACAUAUUUGUUUUUUUAUUAAUCGUUU